AUGGCGGCUGUCGUCAAGCCAGGCAGCACACCGCGCCGAAAGUCAAGCCAAGAACAGCACCAUGCGACAGCUACUUCCUCUGGCGUGGAGGGUGGCCGCGGUAUACAUUUGCCACCUGCAGUCAUAGCAGCGGCGGCAGCCUUGCAUACGCCGUCAUCCCGUCAGUCAUCGCAGGGCAGCAUCUUCUCGACCAUCGUGCAACAUCCAUCAGUGGCGAUCUUCAACAUCGUGGUCGCCGUGCUGUGCAUGAUCGUGUGCCUGGCCAUGCUCGUCUCUUUCUUGUUGUCGCUCCUGGAUGACAGUGGCACGAGCAAACCAGACACGUGCACGACCCACGCGUGUCGCGAGUACUCUUCGCGGCUCAUGGCUUCGCUCAACUGGUCGGUGGACCCGUGCCACAGCUUCACACGGUUCGUGUGCGACGGCUGGAGGCAGCGCCAAGUGCUCGGCGUUCAGGAGGAAGCCUUCGGUGCGGCCAUCGAGAAGAUUGCGCGCAUCGUGCACACCAUUGACGUGCCGCCUGUGGGGCAGAACCGCCUCCAGAGAGCAGUCAUGGUCUACUGGACGUGCACCGCCUUGCUGACGACGUCGCCUUGCGAGCUCGACGCCGUGAAGUCUGCACUUCGCGCCGCCGGCGUGAUGUGGCCUCACCGACCGCCGCCGGCAGGACGGAGGGACCUGCUGCGCAUGAUGUUCCACUGCGACUACGCGCUCGGGUGGAGCGCCGUGUUUCGGGUGGACCCCGAGUCGCACCGGAAUGCAACCACGACGUACGUGCUCACCGACUCGGGCUUCAACUUCGUCGUGCGCAAGUACCACGAGCGUAGCACAGAGGCGCACCGCGAGCACUAUUUCAACCAUCUUCGGGACGCGUUCAGAGACGCCGAUGGAACUGCAGACGUCGUUACCUUGAAGGAGAUGCACCAGCUCGAGGACAUGAUGUUCGGUCCGCUGCUAGGAGACUUGUACAAGAGCGAACCGAAGGUCUCGACGGUUCCGGAUGACGUGGUGUACAACUCAUCGGCAAACCUCUCGAUGCAACGGUGGACGGAGGUGAUGCGAAGCGAAGGCGUCGAUCUGAAAGGGACAGUAGAAUUCCGCACGCGGAACCUGCCCUUCUUCAGCACCUUCGUCAACCUGUUGGUUCGCCACGGCGAGCUGGACAUGUACGCCUACGCGUCCUGGUGUACGGUGCAGGUGGCGGCACUUUUCACCAACGCCGAGCUGAUAUUGAACUACUACGGGAACUCGCGGCGAGCUGCAAUCUUGCACGGCGCUUUCUGCCUAAGCCGCGCCUACAUCGCUGGCGGCAGGGUGCUGCUGGGCAACUACGCCCGCGAAGUGCUACCCGCAGUGGCACGUCCUCAAGCGGAAACCAUCGCGUUGAAUGUGGAAGCUGCUUUCUUGAAGCGCCUGUCCGCCUGGGCCGACUACGACUCCGACGUGAGCGUGAUGAGGUCGUGGAACUCCACCACGCUGUCUUUCAGCAUGUUUGCGCCGGAUCCUGAGGAUAACGUCACCGACAUCAUCGUGGGAGAGAUGAGUGACUCGUUCCUGCAGAACUGGCGCAACGCGUGGAGGUCCCGUAUCACCCACCGCGGCUUGGACGUCAAGAUCGCCAUCACGGCCAUCGAGACAUUGUCAUUCUCGGCUGACAUAGGAUACCGCAAAGACUUCAUCCUGCUGCCUUAUGUAUUCUCCUUCCCCUAUUACGACGUCAACGCCAUGUCGUCCAUCAACUACGGUGGGUUUGGCGCUAAGGUGGCCUUCGCCGUGGGCCAGAGGUUUCACGGCACGUAUCUCAGCGAGGGUGCUGGUGGCGCCUCGUUCAGCGCGUUCCUGUCAUGCAUCUCGAACGCCUCGCUCGCCGCCCGUCUCAAGGAUGCCCCUACGCUGUUUGCCGAAGUGGUCUCCCUGGGCGCCGUAGUCGACACGUACCGCAACUCCAACGAUCGCCAGCGCCUCGUCCACAUGGAGAGCUUGACGGGCGAUCAGCUGCUUUUUGUCGCCAUGUGCUACGCCCGGUGCGUAGGCAUCCACUACGCAGUCCAUGAUUCGGCGUGCGACGCGGUGCUACAGAAUGUGCCGGAGUUUUCGGAGGCCUUCAGUUGCGCUCGGGGAUCACCCAUGAACCCGCACCAGCAGUGCAAGCUUUUGUGA